AUGAUAAGAAUCGCAGACUUGAUGAUAAUCGGCUGCUUAGCUUUGCUGAGCACUGCCGCCGUUACUUUACCGGAGGGUAGAAUUGACCCGGGGGUUGUCUCUAAACAUGAAAUGGCUCACGGCAGCUCAAAUUCUCUCGACUCCAACGUCAAAGGACGCUCAUUGCAGAUCCCCAACCGCCGCGUCCAAAACAGUAUUUGGCGGAGGAGCAAACCAGAAAGUCCGAGGGACAAAACGGAUGAUACAAGGUCCAUCUUGACGGAUGCCGUAACCAACCUACGUGAAGUUCGUCGUGGCUGGCACUCGGGAAAAGCGUGGUCGGGGAAGCUUUGGCAGAAAGACUGGUUCAAGUUUGGACACAGUCGCCGAGAAAAUGGCCACCGUAAAUCCUCGUGGUGGAUACGAUGGUGCUGCAAACUCUUCUGGAGUAAGAAGUACUGCAGAGAUGAUGAACCGGAAGUGACGACGGAGAUGGCAACGCGCAUGACAGCUACGGCAGUACCGACGACGGUGUCGACUAUGUCGACGAUUGCAGGAGCUGAACGAGCCACCGUGGAAUCGACAACAGUGCAUGCUACAACUUCUGUAGUGACAGAGGGCUUUUCAUCAGAAUCGACUACCCGGGUUGCACGGAGCACUCGAAUGGUCACGGAAUCGAUAACCGAAACACCAGACCUGCCAGAUACCGAGACGGAAACAGAAGUAACAGCGACCCUCCAACCGAACACCACAUCAUCAGUAACACCGAAUACCAUCCCCUCUUCAACACCGAAUACUACCGUAACUGAAGAAUCGAAUACAAUGCCAACUUCUCUAGGAGUUCAAGAGACAGUGACGUCAACGAUGACGUCAGAAUCUACAACUCAAAUAGUAACAGCCAGACCAACUAUCGGAGAUCCCGUAAUUAACUGAUCUGC